UGUCGAGUCAAGAGAGAAGAAAGACGACGACGAAAUAAGGACACGACAAUGGCGAGCCCUGGGCAGACGUCGGGGCCAAAGCCAACACCAUGGCCACCGCUCACUCUUCCGUUCGUAGACCUCUUUUCCGGGUCCGUGGCCGGAGCUGCACAGGUGAUCGUUGGGCAGCCACUGGACACGAUCAAGACGCGCGCCCAGACAGCGGCUAGAGGCCAAUUCAAAGGCCCGACCGACAUUCUCGUCCAGACGGUCCGACGCGAGGGUGUGCUGGCGCUGUACAAGGGUAUGGCCUCGCCGCUGAUGGGCAUCGCGCUGCAGAACUCGCUCCUGUUUACCGCAUUCCAGCUCUCGCGCCGCGCCGUCUCGCCCGAGACGUCGGACCUGACUACGCGCCAGACGGUCCUUGCAGGUGCCAUGGCAGGCGCGGCCAACAGCGUCAUGGCGUCGCCCGUCGAGCUGUUUAAGAUCCGGAUGCAGGCGCAGUACGGCUCGGCGACGGACAAGAAGCUGAGGCAGGUGGCGCGCGACCUCUGGGCCGAGGCUGGCUUCCGUCGCGGCGUCAUGCGUGGCUUCUGGAUCACCGUCCUGCGCGAGACACCCGCCUAUGCGGGCUUCUACGGCGGCUUCACAAAGUCAAAGGAGCUCUUCCAGCGCAAACUCUAUCCCAACGAGGCGCAGCUGCCCAUCUGGUGCCUCAUGGCCAGUGGCUCCGUUGGCGGCAUUUGCAACUGGCUCGCCUGCUACCCACUCGACGUCGUCAAGUCAAGGGUCCAGCUCACAUCACGCAAACUCGGGCCUGCGUACAUCCUUGAUGAAUUCCGCGCUGUGGUGCACGAGGGAGGCUACGCCGCACUCGUCCGUGGUCUUUCGCCCACGCUGCUGCGUGCUAUUCCCGCUGCCGCGGCCACAUUCACAGCCUUUGAGCUGACAAAAGAUGCGCUCGAAGGGAGACGGUGAUCACACAUCGCAAAAGAAAAUGGAAAAGCAAUGCUUACUACUACUAGCACAUACAAUAAUAAAGGGCAAUGUCGAUCCACAGUGUCUCUCUGUCUCUCUCUCUUUGUUGCGUAUGUCACACCGUCUUCUCAACAGCAACGACCUUGAGCAUCUCUGCGCCCAGCGCCGUGGCCUCGUCGAAGCGGGGUGCAAAGAAGGCGCGCGUCUCCUCAAAGCGCCAGCGGUACAGGUCGAAGUUGCCGAAGCGCACAGCCUGGGCCCAGCCACGGGCAGCGACGACAAACUCGAGGUCGUCGGAGCGAAAUGUAAAGUCAUCGAUGGCUGCGUCGAUGGCUGCGCUGAGCCGGCCGGGCG